CAGUAAGAACUCAUUUUCUGCUUUUAUUUCCUUACCGGUGGUGACUUCGCUCCAUCUUCUUUCUCCGUUCACCGCCACUUCCCCACCGGCAACCGCCACUUCACAGAUCUCCGCCACUCUCCGUCAGCCGCAACCGCCACUCCCUACUCCACACUGAACUAUAAACUCGAAGUACUAGAUCCGCAGAAGAAGAAGAAGAAGAAUCUCUAGAGCUAUCGAAUCAUCUUCACUAUGAGAAGAGCUGGACUUCGCAGGCAGCAUGGCACGCACGGCGGUUUCAAGGGGAUGAUUGUGAAGCUUUCAAUUGCUGCUCUCGUUCUCUUGAUCUGCACCCUCUCGUUCUUCUUCUCGUCAAGUGGAACCGCAAACGUUCAAUCCAAUUAUCGCACCGAGAUCCGUUUGGAAGAACUAUGGAUCAAUGCUGAUUCCGGUGGUUGGCGACCGUCAUCGGCACCGAGGACUCAUUGGCCCCCUCCUCUAAGCAAGACCAAUGGCUAUUUGCGUGUUCGAUGUAACGGUGGCCUAAAUCAGCAGCGCAGCGCGAUAUCUAAUGCUGUUCUUGCUGCACGAAUCAUGAACGCUACACUAGUAUUGCCUGAGUUGGAUGCAAACUCCUUUUGGCAUGAUGACAGUGGUUUCCAUGGUAUCUAUGAUGUUGAGCACUUCAUCAGGACAUUGAGGUAUGACGUAAAUAUUGUUGAAAGCAUUCCGGAAAGUGAAAAAAAUGGCAAAAAGAAGAAAAUAAAGGCAUUUCAGAUUCGGCCCCCUAGAGAUGCUCCUAUCAGUUGGUAUACUACCGAUGCUCUCAAGAAAAUGAAGGAACACGGUGCCAUCUAUCUGACUCCCUUCUCACAUCGCUUAGCUGAAGAAAUUGACAUUCCUGAGUUCCAGAGGUUGAGGUGUAGAGUUAACUAUCAUGCUUUGAGAUUCAAGCCACAUAUUAUGAAGUUAAGUCAAUCAAUAGUUGAUAAGCUACGUGCACAAGGGCCCUUCAUGUCCAUACAUCUUCGAUUUGAGAUGGAUAUGUUGGCAUUUGCUGGAUGCUUUGAUAUAUUUACGCCUGAGGAGCAAAAGAUUCUGAAGCAGUAUCGAAAAGAAAAUUUUGCACCCAAAAGGCUUAUCUAUAAUGAAAGAAGGGCCAUUGGAAAGUGCCCAUUGACACCUGAGGAGGUUGGUCUUAUUUUGCGCGCAUUGGGUUUUGACAACUCUACCAGGAUAUAUCUAGCAGCUGGUGAAUUGUUUGGUGGGGAUCGGUUUAUGAACCCAUUUCGAAGUUUGUUCCCUCGACUUGAGAAUCAUUCUUCUGUAGAACCCUCUGAAGAGCUUGCUGAGAACACUAGGGGAUUGGCAGGUUCUGCUGUGGAUUACAUGGUCUGCCUUCUUUCUGACAUUUUCAUGCCAACAUAUGAUGGCCCAAGCAACUUUGCAAACAACCUCCUCGGGCAUCGCCUUUAUUACGGCUUCCGGACCGUGAUCAGACCUGAUAGAAAAGCUCUUGCUCCCAUCUUCAUUGAUAGGGAGAAUGGACGGGCGGCUGGUUUUGAGGAAGCUGUUAGGAAAGUCAUGCUGACAACAAACUUUGGUGAACCUCAUAAGCGUGUUAAUCCAGAGUCUUUCUACACAAAUUCUUGGCCUGAAUGCUUCUGCAAAACAUCUGCAGAGAACCCUGCAGACAAAUGUCCACCAAAUGAUAUUUUAAAUACUAUGGACAACGAACUGGAGAAGGCUGCAACAGAUGCAAAUGCUACCAUAUCUUGAGCAGAAAUAGAAGUUACUCGUGGCUUUGGGUUUAUGGUUCUUUCACUCUGCAGUGAUGAAUUGAUGGGGGCCAAAUUGAAAAGUAAUGAGCUCCAAAUGCCGGAUCCAGAUUUUCAGGUGAUAUUUUUGUCUCAAAAUUUUGCCUACUGAGGGCAUUCGUUAGUUUCGUGUAUACAAUAGAAGGAAGAUCACACAGAUUGAAUGGAAAACCGGCAAUGUGACUGGAGUUAUCUUGUUUAGGGGAAAAGCUAACUGUAAAAGGGAACAGUCCUUCCACUAUAUACUAGCGGGAGCAUGGCACUUCUAGUUACCCGAAGAAUGUUGGAAACUGGCAGAUUUAUGUUAGAUACGUAGAGUACUGAACAGUAACAGGUGUGUUAAAUUUAUGAUUUGUCUUAUUAAUAUUUUUUUUGGGGGUUGGGGUAGGAAAGACGAUGUUCAAGUAUUUCCACAAGUUUUUAUUACCAUGAGAUCAAAGUUCACAUUCUAAUUAUGUCAGACUCAUAGUGGAUAGUUUUUGGAAAAUUCUUCAAUAGAUUGAUGUCAUUCAAUA